CUCCUCUUCGCCUCCACGCCUGUCUCGAAAAUAUCUCAAGUUGCAUAGAAAGCUCUUGUUGGCUCAAUAUUAGACCUACCAUAUCGCUAUAAAAGGCAUCAGGAUUAAGCACUCUAAAAUCCUCUCGCUCCAAGAAGCUCGUGUCCCGAGACGUCAAGGACAGUCCUUACCAUGUGUCAAGUCAAGCUUUCCAUUUGUGUCCACUGCGCCAAAGUCUUCGGGGCCAAGAUGAAGUAUUGCGAUACGGUCCAGGCCGCCAUAUCGGUCACGGACAGCAGUCCGUUCGAGAUUACCUCAUCGUUCAAUUGGUCCCCCAUGGAAGGGUGUACUGGACUGAAAAUCCACCACACGGCGAAUCUCGACGCUUGUAAGGAUGAUGUGUCCCGAUCCGAAGCGCCGUUUGAGCGACCUGCUGCAACGAGACCGAGCGCCAGAAGCCCCUAUCCAAUGCCAACGAUGAUCCAGCGGACGGAGAUUCGAGAGCAACUUCCCGCCCCUCCUGGGAUGGAAGAGCAUCGGGCAGUGGCUUCGGUGCCGCUUGGGUCGGAUAUGCAACCGCAAAUGCAGCUGCAGAUCCAGCAGAUGCAAGCGGGACCCUCGACGAGAGAAACUCUGACAGCUAGUUCGCCGAACUCUUCGUGGUCAGGCUCAACUGUUUCUUAUUACUGAAUAUGAAUCAUGGGGCCGUACCUUGUGCUCCUCCAGUCCCAUGGUC